AUGGAUCCCGAAGGCAAGAGUAAACACGCCAUCCUGGAGCGCUUGCUGGUUGAUAAAAAUGCAGAGCCCGUGAAACCGCCAUUAUCACUAUUGGAGGACAUCACGAAUCGUUUCUCUCCUCAUAACCAAAUCGGCUUCGGAGGGUUUGCGGUGGUUUAUAAGGGGAUGGUUGGAAAAUACAUGGUCGCUGUCAAGAAGCUAUCCAACACAUACAAUAUCCGCGAGAAUAAAUUCCACCAAGAGGUUAAAUGCUUGAUGAAGGCUAAGCAUGAGAACAUAGUACGUUUCUUGGGGUAUUGCGCUGAGACACAAGGGGAAAUGGAAGACUACGAGGGAAAGCUUGUCAUGUCAGAUCGACGAAACUGGCUGCUUUGCUCUGAGCAUGUGCCCAACGGGAGUCUUGAUAAGCAUAUUACCGAUGUAUCUACUGGACUUGAAUGGAGAAAACACUAUCGAAUAAUCAGGGGAAUAUGUGAGGGGCUACAUUAUCUUCAUCAGAAGUGCAUUCUUCAUUUGGACCUCAAGCCCGCUAAUAUACUUUUAGAUGAUCACAUGGUACCUAAAAUUACUGAUUUUGGUCUAUCACGGUGUUUCGAGGAAGGGCAAACAAGUGCAUUCAGUGAACAAAUAUUUCUAUCACGAGGAUAUUUUGCUCCGGAACUCCUGAGAGGACAAAUCACAUACAAGUUAGAUAUAUUUAGCCUAGGCGUCAUAAUGAUGGAGAUACUGAUAGGAGAGAAGAGUUAUCCCGAAGAUGAGAAGGUAGUUGCAAGUUGGAUGAAUCAGGUAGUUGCAAGUUGGAUGGAUCGACUGGAGGCAUUAGAGGGAGAUACACAGUUGGAACAAGUAAGGGUAUGCACUAAAAUAGGGACAGAAUGUUUGGACUUGGACCCGAAGAAGAGACCAAAUACAGGGGACAUAAUCGACAGGCUUGGUAAAACAGGAAUUGUGGACUAUUCAGACAAAAUUGGUAUCAGCAGUUCAUCAGUUGAGCAGAGUCACAAGAAGGUUAAGCCUGCAGACCUUAUCCAAGAGGAUGAAAAGGUAAACUGGAGAUCAUUCAACAUUGAUGGUCUAAACAAGUUCACAGAGGCUGAGAUUAGAAGGAUCACUGACAACUAUAGCACUCUCAUUGGCAAAAGUGGCUUCGCAGAAGUUUACCGUGGUGUUCUUGAAGAUGGUAGUUCCGUUGCAGUCAAGAUUCCACUCCCAGAUAUGAAAGAACAUUUUGCUAAGGAAAUAAUCAUACAUUGCCAAAUCAACCACAAGAACGUUGUUAGGAUCUUGGGCUACUGUUCAGAGGAAAACGCUUUAAUGAUGAUCACCGAGUACAUCUCUGGAGGAAGCCUCAGAGAAGUUCUUGAUUGGAAAGACUAUCCCAUUUCUUUAGAUCAAAGGUUGGGUAUUGCUCUAGACAGUGCAGAGGCAUUAAGCUACAUGCAUUCUUCCAUGUGUCCACCAACCAUUCACGGUGAUAUCGCCCCUGGUAACAUCCUUUUAGAUGAUAACUUUGGUGCGAAAUUAUUUGACUUCGGGAUAUCCAGAAUGUUUUCCAAGGACAGCACUCAAUACACACUGAAUAUAAUAGGCAGAAUAGGUUACAUGGAUCCGUUGUAUGCUCAUAAUGGGUGCAUCAAUCCGAAGAGUGAUGUUUACAGUUUUGGGGUCGUUUUAGUAGAACUAGUCACCAGAAAAAAGGCAUAUGAAAACGGGAGCAUGGGCCUCAUAGGAACUUUCUCCCAAGCUGUUCAAAAAGGAAAGAAGGCAAGAGAGAUGUUCGAUGCUGAUAUAGCACAGUCGAGCAACAUUAAGGUUCUUGACAAGAUUGUAAAUCUAGCAGCUGAGUGCCUCAGAAUGGAGAUGAGCAAACGCCCUCAAAUGGAAGAUGUUGCAGAACGUCUUCGGAUGCUAAUAAAAGCUCGUUGCCAGCAGGGUCAAGAAAAAACUGCAGGUCACUGGACAUUGUGGGGAAAACAAGACAACAACACAACACAGAGCGAAAGGAUUUCCAGCUCUAACUCUGCCGUGUUCUUCAACUUGAACAGUUUGGGCAUCUUCAGUAGGAAUGCACACACAAAUUUCAAAAGGAAUGGAGGUCCAGUACUGCAGAAUGUCAAGGGACUAUACAUUUUCACAAAAAGUGAACUAAGAAAAAUCACCAACAGCUACUCAGAGUUUCUUUUAAUCGGAAGCUUUGGUAGAGUCUUCAAAGGAACCCUUACUGACAACACCGCAGUGGCAGUUAUGUCCUCUGUCAAGGUAACUGAAGCUUUAAAGGAGCAGUUUAUCGAGCAAAUAGAGAUCCAGACACAUAUGAUGCACGUGAAUAUUCUCAAGCUCGUCGGUUGCUGCCUGGAGGUGGAUGUUCUGAAUGUUGGUGUAUGA